AUGACAUACCCUCCUCCGCCGACCUCCUACGAAGCACGAGUAAAAACGGAUACAAAUGCACCUGUUCGUCGAAACAUAAAGGCGAGAUCGGUAGUGGCUAUUGCGGAUAUCACGCGUAACAAUAUCAAUCAGGUGCGCAAGCUUAACGAAGCAUUGCUACCCGUGCCUUAUUCCCUAAGUGUCUAUGAUAAUGUCUUGGACGAAGAUACCAACCAGAUCUGCAAGUUGGGACUGUUCAAUGACAUUCCAGUGGGAAAUAUAUGCUGUCGUCUUGAGGAAGGAAAAGACUCGACUUUGUGGAAUGUGUAUAUCAUGACAUUGGGUGUCCUACCCACGUAUCGCUGUUUGGGUGUGGCCAGCGCUUUGUUGCAGUAUGUUUUGGACGUGGCGGGCCCGUCCAAGCAUUUGGCUGGUCGCAAGAUCGAGUCUGUCUAUCUCCACGUCCAGACAAGCAAUCCAGUGGCCCGCCUGUUGUACGAAAAAUUUGGGUUUGAGCUAGUUGAGACGCUCGAGUCUUACUACCCAUCGAUCACCCCGUCCAGCGCAUGGGUCUUUUCAAAACGUACUUAA